AUGCCCAGGGUGUGGGAUUCCAGCAAAGCUGCGUGGUUGUAUCCGUUCAAGGGUAUAUACUACUUUGCGUCGCAUCGCUUUCUCUGGCCUUUAUUCAAGACCCGUCUCAUCCCCAUUGUCCUCCUUUCGGCCUUCAUCUACGUCAUCCUCUUUCUGUUCGCAUAUCUCCCGCAGGUCGCGUUUCUCGCCAUCUUCCAAGGCGCCGGCGCGUGGGUCAAUGGCGCCUUUCUGGUCCUGGGAGAGGGCGCCGCCAUUGUGGCUGCGCUAUUCGAGGCAUUCUUUGUCGAUGAGACGCUGGUCGAUAUCUUCGAUGCGGUCCUCGUGAACGAGGGUCAUGGUGAACUCGUCACGACCUCGCGGGUUUUGUAUCCUCAGGGUGACGAUGUGGUCAAACGGCUGGGCAAGCCUACCCACAGUGCGGUCUAUGCGCCGUUUUCCUUUCGACAGAUUGUGGAGUUCAUCCUGCUCCUCCCGCUAAACUUCAUCCCGGUAGCCGGGACACCCAUGUUCCUUGUGCUCACGGGGUACCGUGCGGGACCCUUUCAUCACUGGCGGUAUUUCCAAUUGUUGGAUCUAUCCAAGCAGCAGCGGAAGCAAAGCAUCCGCCGACGACAGCUGCAGUACACUACAUUUGGCACGGUGGCUCUCCUUUUGCAGUUGAUUCCACCCUUGUCCAUGUUCUUCCUCAUGUCGACGGCCGUGGGCUCCGCACUUUGGGCGGUGGAUAUUGAAACCAAGCGUGGCCUCGUGGAAUCCACGACAGACCGAAUUGGUGAAUUCCACGACGAUAAUGAUGAGACGAACAUUUAA